CAGCUGGAAGGAGGAUUACAAAACAAUCAGCUUCUUGUCCGAGCACAUUUUCUCAGGGUGUCUUUGUCUUUGUGUCAAUUCUUCAGUCCAGGAUUUUUCGAAAUCAAUUUUGAAACAAUCUAAAUGGCUUGCCUUCUGCACCAGCUGUCUGUAUUUGGAGGCAGGCGAGUUUUACAUCAAAGAAACAGUCUCUGCAAUAUUUCCCGUCUCAAUUCGAGCACGUCGUCUAAGAAAGAAGACCUCAUGCCAAAGAACUUGCUGCGGGACAAAGACAUUGCCACUGAUCAGAAAGAGAAGGGUGCCAUUUACGACAAGAGACCAUUCAAAUUUAAUUUAGAGGCAAACAAGAAAUACGCUUGGUGCUCGUGUGGCAAGAGCAAAAAUCAGCCAUUCUGUGACGGGACGCACAAAGAUUUUCGUUUUAAGAUAACAAUGAAGCCAGUGAUCUUCAUGGUUGCUGAUACCAAGGAGUACUACCUAUGCAAUUGCAAGCAGACUGAAAACCGACCUUUUUGUGAUGGCACUCAUAAACGCCAGGACAUUCAGGAUGCUGUCAAGUACUGAAGACCGUACCCAUUCAUAGUAAAAUACUAAAUACGUUAAAAAUAAAAGAUUCAUCAUUUUUAAAAUAAAUA